GUUCAGCUUACGACUGACAACCCAAGAAAACUCAUCAUGAUGCCUCUCUGGGUACUGAUGUUCCUGGCAGUUGCAGCUGCUGCUCCUCUGGAUGAUGAUGAUGAUAAGAUUGUUGGAGGAUAUGAGUGCACCCCUCACUCCCAGCCCUGGCAAGUAUUGUUCACCUACAAUGGAGGAAACUGGUGUGGGGGUUCCCUAAUUUCACCCAGAUGGAUUAUUUCUGCUGCUCAUUGCUACCAGCCACCCAAGACCUUGGUUGCUCUCCUUGGAGAACACGAUCUUAAAAAGAAGGAAGGAACUGAGCAGCACAUCCAAGUGGAGGCUGCCUAUAAGCACUUUGGCUACAAAGAUAAAGCUCAUGACCAUGAUAUCAUGUUGGUUAAACUAGCGAAACCUGCUCAGUAUAAUCAGUAUGUGCAGCCCAUCCCAGUGGCAAGAAGCUGCCCAACAGACGGGGCUAAGUGUCUAGUGUCUGGCUUUGGAAAUGUGCUUGGAUAUAAUGUACGGUACCCUGAUCAACUGCAGUGUCUGGAAGUGCCCAUUGUGUCUGACUCCAGCUGUAAGGCUUCAUAUCCCAGGAUGAUUUCUGAGAACAUGUUCUGUGCCGGCUUCCUGGAAGGUGGAAAGGGUUCUUGCCAUGGUGACUCUGGCGGCCCCCUGAUUUGCAAUGGAGAACUUUAUGGAGCGGUUUCAUGGGGGGGAAGCUACUGUAUCAGUAAGAAUUCUCCAGGAGUGUAUGCUAAAGUCUGUAACUAUCUAGACUGGAUAAAGAAUAUUACAGAAAACAACUAGACACAAACCCUUGAGACUCACAUACAGUGACUGUAUACCAUGGGAAGCAAUGUGGCUCUUCUGCUGCAGCUGAACAACAGCUCCCAACAUCUUUAAUCUGAAUGAAAUAUCAUAUCUUGAACAUCAAUAUAUGUGUAUUACUGUGUGUGCAGCCACCAAAAGGGGUUAAAUAUGUUGCUCUAGCUGUUAUAUGUUACAAACAAUUAAAUUGAUAUGAGGCAUCA